AGAGCGGAAGGCGGGCGGGAGGACGGUGGUGGCCGUUCUGCGCGCCUGCUGGGGCGUUCUCGUCGCUCCCUGGAGUGGGGGAUGGCGGAGGAAGAGGGGUACCUGGCCCUGUCCGGGGAGCGCAUCACGCUGCAGCGCCUCCACCACAGCGCCUCCUGCCGGGAGUUCCAGGUGCGCUGCCCGAGGCUGCAGCUGCGCUCGCUCAGCGCCGUCACGUGCUCCGUGUGGCUGGUGGCCUACGGGCUCUUCGUCCUCAGCCAGGUACGGAAGAGGCUUUGGCCGCCUUUUGCCUACGGGCUCCGCCACGUGCCGGUAGCUCGGGGACAGGGACUCCUAAAGGUCCCGCUUGAGGGGUGCCCCCCAAGUAUUAGAGCAGCCACUUCACCCCGCGACUCUUCCGCUCCCCUCUUUCCCGACCCCCGUGUAUGGCAGUGAGUUCCAUUUAAUCCAAAGGGAUUCACUUCCGAUUCACGGUGCAUAAGGGUUGCAGCCAUGCAGCGCAACUCUUUGUGCACAAUUGCUCAGAAGGCGCCAGGCAGAGACUUCUUAGUCUCUGUCGACUUAGGCAGCGAGAGAACAGCAUGCUUGACUAGAUCCAGCAGCGCUGUUCUUUUAUGUUUCUCCAGUUUUGAGAUGCGGUUAACCAAUGGAGUUUUCAAAAGGGGUGUGUGGCCCUUAUUGCACAUUAAUCUCCACAGUAACUUUGAAUAAGUUCCUUCUGCUCGCCAGCAGCCCCAUCCCUAACAGUGCAGACCUGUGCAUGAUGCUUACUUGGAAGAAGUUUCAGUAGGCUUAGAAAAUUGCAGUAGAAAGCUUUGUGGGAUUCUAUGGAAGAUCUAGUCCUGUUCCUAGAACAGUAUUUAUCUCUGACACAUAAAUAUUAUCAUAGCUCUAGGGAACUGGAGUCCGUUAGUAAAUGGUAGAAAUGAAUGACCAGUUGUAUUUAGAUAAUAUUUGGUGUAUUGAAGGGUGGAUUCCAGGCCAAUGGAAAAAUACAGGCUAAACUCCCUUUCCAAGCCAAAGCCUCACCUCAGAUAGAGGCUGUUAACAUGACAAAAGGUGUUUAUGGCCCAUCCCAGAGAAAUCCUUGUCUGUGCAAAACAGUUGCCGUGCUUACUGUGGACAGAGAAAAAUUUAGGAUUAAAAAAGGGGGGAGGGAGCAGGCUAUACUCAAAGGAAAGAUGUGCCUUUUAAAAACUAGGCUUGGAAUAUAAGACAGAUGGGGAGGUGUUGCCUGGAGCAGGGGACACCUGGGAUCAAGAAAGGAAGUAGAGAGAACACCAUGUGGGGGCUGAAGGACAGCAGCUAUGAGAGCUGGCUGGGAAGCAAGAGCAAAGGGAUGGUGCUUAGGAUGGCUCUGGCUGCACUACUGGGCUGCUAUGAAGAACAAGCUGCUCUUGAAAUGACAAUGCUGUAAGAUCUACACCCCUUUCAUAUAAACUCAGUUGUAAAUAUGUGUAAUUAAACCAUAUUUCUUAAAAGACACUAUAGUCUUCACCGUAUUUUGAUUCUCAUUGGAAACACAACCUUGGGUGAGCACCUGGAACCUUUGGAAUCUCAUGCACUGCUUGGGCAGAGAUUGGGGAUGGCGUGCAACCUUUGUAACACUAUUUCCUAAAUUAGUCCAAGUACCUAGAAGCAUGCAGCCUAUGAUAAUCAUGCAGAGAAUAGACUACCACCGCAAAAGGACAGGAGAGACCCUAUUGUGUUUCUUUCCAAAGUUAAGUGUUAUAAGAAAAAACUGCUCCUUUUCCCUUAUGGGAUAUCCAAGAGCCCAUAUAGAGUCCUUAUGUAGGUUCUCUUGGUAGGAGAAAAAUACAGUGGCACCUCAGGUUACAAACACUUUGCUAACCUGGAAGUAGUACCUUGGGUUAAGAACUUUACCUCAGGAUGAGAACAGAAAUCGCACGGCGGCGGCGCAGCGGCAGCGGGAGGCCCCAUUAGCUAAAGUGGUACCUCAGGUUAAGAACGGUUUCUGGUUAAGAACGGUCAUCCGGAAUGAAUUAAGUUCGUAACUAGAGGUACCACUGUAACAGAGGCCAACCAGAGAAUAUUGAGAAGCAAAGCAGCUAGUAAGCCUGAUCUUUGUUGCAACAGGGUGCUCACCCUCCCCCAACACAGGAGGAAGGAGGGACCCAGAACAUUGGUGUGCAAGCUCUUAUAUAGACUUCUGAAAUUGCCUACGCUGUAGCUCAAGACCACCCCCCUCAAACAUCAUACAUACAUCACAGAAAGAGGUGGUCCCCAGCAGAAAUUUGAGUGUGUUGCUUCUCUCCUGUCUGCCAGGAUACAUGAUAGUGCCUUAUCUGAUUGCCUUUUCUGUGUCCUAUUGUGUAUCUUUCCAAAGUUAAGUAUGUUUAGGUGUGGGAUCCAGUCUUGCCCUGCCUUCUCUGCUCUCUCAUUCCUGGAUUUAGAAAGAAUUUUUUUGAAAAUCUAGCAUGGUCUGAUAGUAGCAGCCUGUAAAUUUACUGCACAUCCUCAGUAUAAGAAUGUGCAUGUUUUAAAAUAGUAGACAACAGGUAAGCUAGACUACAAUUCUGUAUACAUUUACUUGGGAGUAAGUCGUAUUGAGCUUCAACAACCUCUUCUAUUAAAAGAAGGUCAGUUACUCAGAGAUUGUAACUUUUUCAACUAAAUUAAAUUUCUAUAUGCUGGAAAUAAAUUCUGGGUUGUGUAGAGUUUUACCUAAGUAUUCAUAUUCAGGGGGAAGUACAGCGCUUGCUGUGUAAGUUAUGUUUACCCACCAUGUCUCUGGAUUGAUUGGUUCAGAAUUAUUAACUAGGACUGCAAUCCGAUGGACACAUUUUUGGGAAUGUCAACAAUCCUAAGGUUGUGCUGUAGCUUACAAAAAGCGACAUCUCAGGAAGAUAUUAAAUUAUGCAAGAGUAUUCCAGAAACGAAAUAAAUGAAAAAACCCUAUAUGUUCUUUUUGGAAAGAUAAAAAAGUGAAAAGCUGUCCUGUGGUUUGAUAUGUUCAAAGAAUGGUCUUCUGUGCCAGCAUAGUCUCUAAAAUAUCUCAUUUCUCCCUAUAGUUGUUAAAGUUGGUGCCUUUUUAUAUUUUUUGGUACCCCAUGUUCUUACAUUAUACUGUACUAAUAGAGUUUACAUGUGCUUUUUAAAACAUAAUUGAUUUAUCUUCAUUUACCAAUAAUACAUAUAUGAACAGGAACCAUUAAAAUACAAUUAGAUAAACAGUGCAGGUGAGAGAGGUGAAAGUCCAUUCUCUUUAUUUUUAUAUUUAUCUAUGGAAAGUCUAUUAGAUGUCCAGGCCUCUUUUCUGUUCAUUACACUACUUCAUAAGAUUAAUCUAUGAUUGAUUUUGUUUCCCCCUUUUUAUCUCUAAGCAUAAGGAUGAUUAUACUUAACCUUUUGACAUGCAUAAUGCACAAUUCAGUUGCUGUGAUCUCACUCCAUAUUGUUCAAUAGCUGGAAUGUUAGGCUGCUUCAAGUCCUUUGGAAGUUUGUCGUGAUCAUUUCUUCAAAUCAGUAGUUGAGAGAACAGGUCAGUUAAAGGAUUUGGCCUAAUGUUCUUGACUUGGUUUCUAUUACAGAACAGUGCGGUGCUGUCUGCUGCUAUAUUUGUCACACUGAUAGGCUUGCUUGUGUACCUGCACUUUGUGAAAAUUGACCAGGAGUCUCUGCUUAUUGUUGGCUCACUUGGAAUACAGAUGACUUCAUCCUAUGCAUCUGGCAAAGAAAGUACAACCUUUAUAGAGAUAAGCCAGGUAAAAGAUGUGGUCAUCAACGAAGCCAUCUAUAUGGUAAGCCUAAUAUGCCACUUCUUUUACUAUGCUACUGAUUAUCUCAUUUCUUCAGCAACCAGAGGGCUGGGUUUUUUUGUUUUUUGUUUUGUCUGGAAAGGAUUUUCCCAUGUCAGAUGCCAAGGUGUUCUACGGUGUUGGAGCAACAACAGAAAGGGCUCUGUUCUGUUCUUCAAGACCAGCUGAUCUUUCCCCUUGAAAUUAGAGAACUCUAAAUGGAAUCUCCCCAACAGAUCUCAGUGGGAGAGGGAUGGCUGCAGACCUGGUCCAACUGUGUGUUGGGGUUAAGUUCUUAAUUCAGUAGGCAGAUGGGUGGUGGGGCCAGCAAACUUCUUUGAUUCUCUUCUCUGUUGGUUAAAAAAGAAUUUCUAAGGUGGCUCUAACCUAAGGAAACCUUACUGGUCACUCUAGGAUAUCGUUAUCCUUUCGUGAAGAAAUUAUCAUUCUCAUAAUGAUGUGGGUAGCGAUUUCUUGUACCACGGUUGUAAUCUUAUAAUUGGUAGCACAGAACAACUUUCUCAUUGUUAUAUUUGUGUGUUGUUUGUUUUUGUAGCAAAAGGUUAUCUAUUACCUGUGCAUCCUUCUCCAAGACCCUGUGGAACCUCAUGUUGUUUCAGAGGUAGUACCAUUGUUCCAGGUGAGUCCAUCAAAGUGCACAGGAGUGUUGGAGAUGGUAGAAAAUAUUUGUUAGGCCAUGUAGACUCCGACUGUGGCCUCUUAUUUUCAGAACUCUGCAGUGCUACACAACACUUUUUUACGUGAUCUUCCUUUCAAUCCUGGGUCCAAGAACAUAGGGUAGCUGUUAGUUUGUAAUUCAGUGCACCUUAGACGCAGCAGUGACAUGCUCAAUUGAGCAUGGAUUAACUGCUGAACUUUCUGGAUAGUUGAUCUUGCCCAGGUAGGUGGGGCAGUAACCCUUGUCACCCUUUGGUGCAUUUAAGCCCUUUCUUUUCUCAGUUAUGUCAGCUCUAAAGAAUACAAUUUACCAUCUCACUGAGCCAAUUAACACUUCUAUAAUCACGUACUAAAUUAACCUGUUUUUCUAUGAAACUCAGUGGCAACCUUCAAGAAGAAAGCUUCCAAAUGGACUUUACACUAAGAGUUGUUUUCAGCAGCUCAAAAGGCAUUAGGACUCAGAGAGCAAAGGGUGGGUGGGAUGGAGUGGGAAAUUACCGCAGAGGUGAGGAGUUAAAUAUAGAAAUAUUUCUGAGUUUUUGGCCCAGCUCAGUAGUAGUAGAAAGUUAUAAUUUUAUGCCCUUUCUAUUGUGUUAGCAUGGGUGGAGUUCUAGGCUACUAUUAAUUUUGUGGCUGACCAGAUCAGUGAAGGCAUACAGUGGUACCUUGGGUUACAUACGCUUCAGGUUACAGACUCCGCUAACCCAGAAAUACUACCUCGGGUUAAGAACUUUGCUUCAGGAUGAGAACAGAAAUCGUGCUCCGGCGGUGCGGCGGCAGGAGGCCCCAUUAGCUAAAGUGGUGCUUCAGGUUAAGAACAGUUUCAGGUUAAGAACGGACCUCCGGAACGAAUUAAGUACUUAACCUGAGGUACCACUGUAGUUUGGAUAAAACUUAAGAAGUUAGGCCUUUUAAAACAUCACUGCUUUGAUCAUUCAGGCUAGUCUCUGCAGCAGUAGAUGUUCUUCAGAAAGGGCAACCCUGUUUCUCCACCCCCCUCCUCCACAUUGCUUGUAUCCUUACAUUUUUACUUACAGAGAAUGGAGAAUUCAUUUUCCAGCUUGCUUUUGUCCAUCAUCUCAAAUCAGUCGAUCUGCUCUUUUGAACUCCUAGCCAGCAGCAAACCAGGGACAUAUACCCUGUCUCCAGCAAAGAAACAAAAUAAAGCACAUAAACAGAACAUAUGACGUAGCAUUUUGGUGGGGUGGCUGGUCCCUCCAAACUGGCUGUUCUGCCUUCUUCUCUCUCUCAACUUUUGUCAGUAUAGCCAAUCAGGGAACUUGGCUUUACAUAGAGGAACUUGUAGAAUUAAAGAAGAUAGGGUGGGACUAUGAGCAUGUGCUGCCAGUGUCAGGUAAGAGAGAUAACCUGUGUGUGUCAGGUGUGUUUGCCUGGGUUCAGUGUGUCUAGGUGCAUGUGCCAGUGCCAGCGGAGUGUGUGCUCCAGGUGUGUGUGCCUGGGUUACAUUUAUGCAAGCAAUCCCUCCUAAUAAAUUUUGUAUGUCAUUUCCACUAAUAUGUGCAUUUUAUGCAUACUUUUCUCUAAGAUGUGCAUUUUUGUACACCUUGGUUGAGGAAUUGCAUAGCAAAAUUCAGAGUAGUGUGAAUUUCAAAACAUAGCUGUUUUGGUUUGUGUAUUUUGUUCAGUAAGUGGGAAUUCAGUAGGUUCACAUUAAAUGCAAACAAAAUCAAAUUUCUCCCCCAUCCCUAGAUGAAACCUUUUUUAUUUUUCUCCUCCUGUAGCCAUGCUGGCUUUGGGUGAAGCCUCCCUAAUCUUUCAACAGCAAUUGCAGUUCUUUAGCCAUUUGAGUCUCUCUUGUCUCCUUUAUAUAUAGAGCUCCAAGCCACGUCUAGACUGCCUUGUCCAAGUGUACAAAAGCUGCCAAGAAAUCCUGGAGCAGAGGAAGACAUAUUGACAGUUUUUAAAGUGAAGUCUUUAUCUGGGUAGAAAACUUGCUAAAAUACCAAGCUUUUCUUAAAAAAAAUAGUUGGGAAGCAUGUUACGGGACUUGACCAUGUGGAUAACUAGAUGGCAGUGGAUUCUAAUGCACCAGAGAACUGAAAACUGCUAGUGCUUUCAUGGGCAAGGACGUGAGUAUGUAAUCUUGAAUAAAUGUUAUGGUGGAGAAAUGGCUAAACUGGGCCCCACAUCUUCUUUUUUCAACAUGACGUAAGAAUGAUUAUAAACUUUCUGUAAAUAAUUAACUCUACCAUGUGAAUGGAAAUCUACAGGGAAGGUUCAGCAGAAAUGGGAUGGACAGGGAAACUGCCACCUUAGUACAAGUAUAUGGAAGAUGAGAAACUGAGAACACCAUUACAUUAUCUUCUAAAAUCAAUUGUGAGAUCUUCAGUGUCUGUAUGAUAUUCUUACUUAUGCACUUAGGUUUGUCAUUAGCAAUUGAUACAAAUGUCUGCUAAACAAAUCCUUUCACUAAUUGUUUUAGAAGCAUUUUGCUGUGUUCUGUGUUGUAACAAGAUAACCUGUGUUUACCAAGUUCAUAUGUUGUAAGGACAUUUUCCAGUACACAUGGAAGAUCUGGCCAGAGUCUAGAGAACCUCACAUCUAACGUCAAAGAAAAACAGACUUCUCAUCAUCCAGCCAGACAACUGCUUUUGAAAUUCAGGGAAAUUUCAAAGCACUUGGUCAUAGGACAUGGAGAGGGUGCAGAACUGCUUCCUCCCACGGAAAGUGUCAGAAGUCAUGCUGAUCUCCCACAAUCCCUAAGUUUAGCUGCCUGAAUUGUUGGUUGGAAAUUUGUCAAAUAGUAAAUGCCAUUCCCUUAUUAGUUUGUCCUACUGCAUGUGCUUUGGGCAGGAAACAACACUGAUACAGUGGUGCCUCGCAAGACGAAAAGAAUCCGUUCCGCGAGUCUCUUCGUCUUGCGGGUUUUUUCGUCUUGCGAAGCAAGCCCAUUAGCGGUUUAGCGGAUUAGCGCUACAGUAUUAGCUUAGCGGGCUUAGCGGAUCAGCUGAUAAGCAGCUUAGCGAUCAGCUGUUAAGCGGCUUAACGAUCAGCUGAUAAGCGGCUUAACGUUCAGCUGAUAAGCGGCUUAGCGAUCAGCUGUUAAGCGGCUUAGCCGAUCAGCUGAUAAGCGGUUUAGCGGCUUGGGGAAAAGGGGGGGGGAGGGAAAAAACCCCGCAGGAACUCGCAAGACAUUUUCGUCUUGCGAAGCAAGCACAUAGGAAAUUCGUUUUGCGAAGCACCUCCAAAACGGAAAACCCUUUCGUCUAGCGGGUUUUCCGUCUUGCGAGGCAUUCGUCUUGCGGGGCACCACUGUAAUUAAGAGACCCACUGUAUAAGAAUACUAUCCUGAGUUAAAACUAUCCCAAAUCUACUUUGUCCAGGCUAAAGAAGAUUUCCCCCCGCAAAUGCCACAUAAUAUUCAGGCAUGGGCUUUGGCAAGUCUUCAAAUCAAGGGAGUUGCACCUUUGUGGAAUAGCCACCAAGAGAACCCCUCUCAUCACAAUUUCAUGGUACAAGUUUGGUGCGCAGACUGCAUGGGGUCAAGAGAGCUAUUUGAAUAGUUCCACAAAUGCUUGCCAGAUUUCAAAGAAGUGCCAUCACAUGAAGAGGCUGCUGAUGGAACUCAUGUUCAGUUUCCCCUGUUGAUUUCUAGGCAAGGAAGACACAAGUACAUUCUUACUGAAGGAAUGUGUUGUAGACUACAGCUCUCUUGUUAAAAUGUGGAAGGAACUGGUUUGAUAUCCAGCUGCAACUGUUAAAGCUGCUCUACCAGCAGAAACCCCCUUUAUUUCAGUAGGAUCUUUUGUGUUCAACUGAGAGGAAAUAGGUCCCUGUGUUUGGCAUAGAAUGUUUGCUGCAUCUGUUUACACCAUUCCAAAAGCUAAGUAACAAAUAAAACAAUGAAAGAAAGAAAAAUCUCCUGCUUUAUUGAUAAUCAUAAGUUUAUUAGCUUUACCAUCAUUGCAUUACAGUACAUCAUAGUUUUUUAUGUACAAAACAGUAGUUGUGAAAACAAAGUCUUCUUUUUCACUGUUGUGCUAUAGCAAAUUUCCAGCUAGGGGCACAGGGCUGUUCACAACUGAAUUUUAUAAACUUUGCUAGAAGGGAAUCCUACAAAUCUGUCAUGGUUUCAAUAGACAAGUUUUCUGAAUGCCAAUAAACUAUAAAUAUAUAGUAGCAUCAUAGUCUCUGCAUCAGAGGAGAGAGCUGGAUUCAGGUCUCACUGGGAUCAACUAGUAAGCUGCUAUAUUUCAGCUCCAGCCUCUCAUCUAACAUGGGAGUAAGGCUGUUACUGUAAAAUGAAAAUCAGCAGCAUUAACGAGAGUAUUGGAGCAUACCUAACACUAUCCAUGGAAACAAGCCGAAGAUAAGUAUAUUUUCAGUGGACAGUUUGGAUUUGAUUGUACAGUGUUCUCAACCCUCUAACGCUAAACACAUUACUUUGAAGCAAGUAAGUUCUGUUGAAAUAGAUGGAACAUACACUCCAACUUUUGCCACAUAGUUUGGAAGUAAACAGUGUCCAAGUGUGGUAGACUACUUCUGUUCUUUGCUCUCACAGUAAGUUUCAAGUACAGUAGGAAAAAUUCACAUCCUCAGAUGGCCACAGCUCUUUCCACAAAUAUAUAAAAAACCAGCUAAAAUACAGUUGAGGACAGACAACCAACAGCUGUAACAGCAAUCUGGGGGAAAAUGACCCCAACCAACAUGAAAAGGAUUAUUGGGAGCAAAAAGAGAUUAAAUAAAAAUUGUAACAAUUUCACCAGCCCUCACCUGUUUUUAGCAGGAACCUUAAAAGGAUCCUGUCCAAAUAUAUGCAUGGUUAACAGGAUGUGCACACACCUUCCUGCCAGCUGACAGGCCAUGCAGAUGGAACCUGAUGUAUGGUUUUAGGCUGCUGCUUUGCUUCCAGAUGUGCACUUUGCUGAGGUUGCAGAUUCAGAUGCACAGAUUAUUUGAGCUUUAUGUGCAGAUAAUCCAGCAAGGGGAUCUGCAUGGGUGGGGCUCUUGUUCUUUUGGGAUAGAAGUGUUUCCUUUGUAAGGUUUUGCUACACUCAACAAGUGCCAUAUGGCUUGUCCAUGGAUGCUGGAGAAUGGCCAUACAGAUCAAAUAAAAUAACAAUGAUCUGCAGAUCUGUAUUUUAGUUAUAGAAAUGUAGAUUAUUCAAGAAUGCAGUACAAAUCACAUUAUAGGUAUACAUUUUUACAGGAAAAAUAAUCUGAACAGCAAUACCUAUAAUCAAUUUAUCAGCUUUGUCACAAGUGAUUAUUGGAAGAUCACUUAUUUUUAAAGGCAAGAUGGACACCAUUUAGAAAUGUAUUUGUUUGCUAACCACUCCCCUUUGAAGGAAGCGGGAGUUCCAAAGAUAAGUAUUGCUAAAAAAAGAAGGAUUUUUUGUGUUAAACAAAGCCAUAAGAUGGGAGGCAAAACAUCAGAUGCCUUCCCAUUUCAAAGUGGUCCUAGUACAAAUGUCAGUAGUGAACACAUCCAAAAAUAAAUACAAUAUAGUGGUUCCAACAUUUCAAAGCAUACACCUGAGAUUAUGCAUCAUAAAAUGCACCUCUAUGGCAAGAGCCAAGGGAUUGUCCUUGUGUAAUGCUAUGGUACAGUAUCUAUCUAGUAGAAUAUAUGAGGGAUAUUUUCUUGCAAUCAUUCAUGUUUUUGCCAGUUCCCCCAAAAGCACACUACCUGCAUUUUACUAUAGUUCAAAAGUAAACAUGUUAAAUUAUUCCACCCUAAUGCUGUACCAUGUAUGAAAACUCAUCAACCAUGAAAAUGUUUUAGUCAAAGUAGUUUCUUUCCCCCCAUAUUCAGAAAGUCUAGAUACUACGUGUGCAAUUGUUCAGCUACAAGGAAAUCCUCUGGAUCAUCAAAGGAAACUUCUAAUACUAAACAGCCAUUCCUUAAGUAUCCCCUGCAUAUACGAAGAAGUCAUUCCGCAAAUUGUCCAGGCAACUUUUUCUAUUGCUGAACUGAUCUUACCAUUAGUACUCUUAUAAUCUGUUUCCAAAUAUUUAAUCCGAGACCAUCUUCCUAUAGCCCAGACCCAUGGUAUCAUUUCCUAUCCUUGAGGCACAGGAUGCUCAAUUGAUUUAACACAUAUUUUUUGAUAUCCUUUAAAUAAUUUUAAAACUCUAAAUAUACUUCUCCUGCGUCCUGAUCCUAUGCAUGCUUACUUGCAAGUAAGUCUCACAGUUUAAUGGAGCUUACUCCCAAUUAAGUAUGCACUGAAUUGCAGCCUUAACCUUCUUUUGUUUUGGUUAAACAUGCCCAGUUCCUUCAGCCUCCCUCUACAGGAUUUGUUUCCCAGACCCUGUGAUCAUCCAUGUAACUCUUGUUUCCGAUAUGUCAGCAUGAUCUGCAUUCACUGUUGAACACAGCAUUCCACCCAAGUUCUUUCCAGUGCCAAAAAAAUUUGAUACUUCUACUUCACAAGUCUUUUGCUAAGAAUUCAAUUAUAUAUUAUAUGGAAAAUGGAACUGCAGCUGUACCUGCAAAUGGGGAUCCCCAUAUUAAAUUCUCUCCUGUAAUGUGUAAUAUUAUUCAUCAUGUGAAUCACCACAUGGUGAAUUUCCCCACUGCUCCACAUUAUUGGCUGCCACUAGUGUGGGCAUCUUCAAAUGGCAGUGGCCAUUUCUGCCCCAAUACCACAAUGUUGACUUAUGUUUAUACUGGUACCCUUGGAAACUUUUAGAUUUACCCUGGACAUACUCCAACUGCCCAGUUAAGAUACCUAGCCUUCUUAUAUUUUGUGUUUCCCCCUUUGCAACAUGGGCACUUGUUCACACACUUUCUCUUUUUUACUUACUGUCUGACACUUCAGCAUGAAACCAUUUCCCAUAUUUAUCUAAUCCAUUAAAGCAGGAAUGGGCAACCUCUGUAUUCUUUAGGUCACUCCAGACUGUGGUCCAGACCAUCUCAACAGCCUUGCAGGCACUCAGGGUCAAUGAUAAGGUCAGCACCAUCUAACAGCAAGGAUUCCACAUUUGUAGAUUUAAUACACAUUUGUGUAUAACUGAGGCAUUAUUGUACAAGACCCCAAUAGGUGUAAACAUCAGAAGUGUGGAACACCCCUGUAUCUCACAAAUUUUGAAAAAAAUCUGUUUUCCCCAUGAGGGAAUGUAUGGACAAAAUGUUUAUCAU